AGUACAUAUCAUGGAUCAGAGCCGUUCAUGGGCGUUAUGCCUCUCAGGCUCUCCUGACAAGAACAGGCAUACUGACUUACUAACCGGAUCUCUUCUAAGACACCGCACUGAGGAGGGAGAGUAGGAGCGAGGGAGUGCGAGGGAGAGAGUGAUCGAGCACGCGCAAGAGGGAGAGAGGGGAAAAAGAGAGAGCGCAGCAGAGGAAGAGAAAGAAGCCCAGAGAAAGACAGAGUCGCUGGAGGAAGAAGGAGAAUGCUCGGCGUCUGGGUAACACUUCCACGCUUGUGUCCAGAGCCUUUGUGAAUACAUCAUGGGAUGCAUCGGCUCCAGGAGACUGACGGCAGAUGGCGUGCCAGUCCAGAAGGAUGGGGAGCAACAUGGACGUUCAGAAUUUUCAUGGGAAGGAAUCAAUCUGUCUAUGGAAGACACCACAUCAAUCCUGCCUCGGCUCAAGAGGAACUCGAACGCCUAUGGCAUCGGGGCUUUGGCUAAGUCUUCUCUGUCAGGUGUGUCAGGGAACAGUCGCACUAUGAAGGAAAGAGUGACCAAGCCCACGGCCAUGGCUCAGGGUCGCGUCGCUCACAUGAUUGAAUGGCAAAACUGGGGCAUGCAGACAGUCGGCCCAGGUGGUGUCCCCCAGCCCCGCAUCACCAACCAGGAGAGGGAAAAAGAGCGACGGCUGGAGAACGAUGCCUACAGCGACCUCAGUGAUGGAGAAAAGGAGGCUCGUUUUGCUGCAGGUGUCCUGCAGCAGUUUGCAAUCUCGGAGGCAACACUACUGGCAUGGUCGUCCAUGGAUGGAGAGAGUCCGCGGUCGGGAUCAAAUCAGGGCAGUGUGGCUCACCUGAGUGAGGUCAACCAGGAAAGCAUCACCAGUCGAGAUCAGAUGUUGCACCACUCCUCAGCAGAAGUGUGGCCUCACACAUAUGUCUCCCAAGGCCACUACUGCCUCUCAUCUUCUGAUGCCUGGGAGCCGAUCAACAAUGAUACCUCUGGGGUGGCCUCUCCUCAACCUGGCUCCUACGUCAUGGGGACCGACGGCUACGACGGCCAGACGGCAGCUCACUUCCUGUCUCAGCAGCAGCAGCAGCAGCAGUUCAACCUCCAGCAGCAGAGCCAGCUACAACAGCUGCAGCAGAUCCAACAGAUCCAUCACUACCAGCAACAGCAGCUUCUGCAGUAUCAGCAGCAACAGGCUCUGGAACACAGGCUGCACAGUGCCAAUCAUUCUUUGCAAGCAACGCCCAACAGCACCAUCCACAGUCUGGUCCAUUCUGUUCACCCCCCACUGGUUGAUCUGUGGAACACGGGGCAGAUGGAGGCCUAUCAGGCGGAAGCUGGAGGCUACCUGGGUGUGGCGGCGGCGGUGGAGCCGAGCCUGUGCGUUCCCCCUGGAGACGAGAUGGUGGGAAAUGAGCACUCCCCGUUACUGGAGCAGCAGGAAGAGGACCAGAUCCAGGAACAGGACGUUACGCUGUGCGUGGAGGGAGAGUCGGCCACGCUGGCUCCCCCCACGCAACAAGGGGAUGCCUCUGGGGGCAGUAGUCCAGGACAACCGCCCGCAGAGCCAAUCACACAGCGGAGGUCCAUCGAUAUCUCCUCUGGGCUCAUUCAGACUCUAGAGGAAAAGGAGGAGGAGGAGGGCCGGGAGGGGCCAACUGCUGCCAUGGCAACCAAUUGAGUUCUUGACUGUCAAAAGACUCCUGAUAACUAAACUGACUGACGAAGUGUUGGAGUCAGCCAGCAAUGAGCAUAAUACAACAAUAUAUAUCAGUUCAUCAGUUCUUUUUCAGGUAUCAAAAACUUUUGGGUUGCGACACAAAUUUCUCAAAAUGCUGAGCAAGAGAUUUAAAGCAAACUCUCAAUGACACAAAAGCUCUAGCAACAAAAGACACCAAUUUCUUUGAAAGCCUUACAUCCCAAAGGUAUAAAAAGAAGAGUGACAAUGAAGAACUAGGAGGAGGAAGUGAAGGAGAAAGAGCACCAAGUGACAGAAGCAUUUCCUUUGAGGAAACCACACUGAGAUGAAGAGGAGGGGAAUUGAAACAUGCAUGCUUUUUUUUAAACGACAACAAGCUACUUGACCCUGUCAUCAUCUUAUUAAAAUAACUAAAAACUGACAUCAUAAUAAGAACAAUUUUGUAAUAAUGGGAAAAGAUAACCUAUGUAUAAGUGUAUGAUAAGAUCUAACAGUUUUCCUGUGGGGGAGCUGCUCUGUUUACAGCUGUUACUCAACACUUCAGUGUUUAAUCAAAUUAAUUUUCCUGUUGCAUCAAACAUGUACAGUUUCCUCUAAUGAAAGCAACCCAAAUAAUUUCACAGAUGAUUAAAUUACAAAAAGAAAGAAGAAAAUCUCAGCAUUUCAGUGAAAUGCAGUCUGUCUCCUCUAAAAUCAGUUCUUCUUUGAUGCUGUUGCACCAGGAUGCCCGAGGCACAACCCAGGGGCAGGCCUGCUCUGCCGACUGCACACACCAAACACUGCACAGAUAAGGAUUGUACUGUAAGAUAGUGUGCUUCCUACUAUGUCUCUCUGUAUGCAUGUCUUUCAGAGUACUAUGGAGUACCUGUACUAUACAGCACUGUAUAGACUUUGCACUGAACCAUAGUAUCCCAGGUGGGGCCGCAGUGGGCCUGCGGCGAGCUUGAGUGGCCAGUUUUAAGGAAGGAGAAAUAAGACAGAGCUCUGUAUGCGAAUCUGUUUUUGCACUGAUGCAAUCCAACUGAUCAGAGGUUGCCUUUGGACCGUCUACGCUACCCAGAUCCCACUCUGAAACCUGUCAGCACCGCUGACCACUGAAACCGAGCCACCCUACAAAAUUGAACCCUCAGCUGCUUUCUUCCUCAGACAUAUGCUGCGACGUGUUGAGGAGGAUAACCACUAUUUUGAAUGUACUGGGACGUGAAGGGCAGUGCACAAGCACCGCUUUCGAUGUGUUGUUGUGGUGCACAAUAGAGAGAUUUAAGUAUUCAAGAAUGAAAAAUAAAUAAAAAAAUAGUCUUUGAUAUGUGCAGAAAAAAGGAUUGACUGCUGGCUCACAUUGACCACCACUAACACACACACGCACACAUACACACGCAGAAAUAUCUAAAUUGUAACCAGCAAUAUGCAGGCGAAACAUUGGCCUCCCAACAGACCAGUGUCAGUUCUGUUAUCUAGAUGUAUAUAGAGUAUAUAGAAAUUGCUACUCACACACAGACACAACUGUUCUAUUGAAGUAUAAUUUCUUUAUUUUUGUACACCUCUUGGUCCCACUUUAUGUUGGGAUUGUGCUCAAGCUUGCAAUUUAACCUUUGUUUUUUUGUUUUUUUCUGUGUACCACCACACAAAGAUGAGUGAAACAGAGGAACAUCUGUGUGGGAAAUAGAGUUAUUGCUCAGUCUGAUAGGUGUUUUAAUUCCAUGAGCCCAUCAGUGAGGAAAGUACAGAAGCAGCAGGUUGAGGUUAGCGGCGGGGGUUUGAGGCUCGUGUGCCCAACGAUCAGCCAAUCAGGGAAAAGAACCGAGUACUUGGAGCAAACAGUGGAUAAAUAGCGACAGAUCUGUGUCUUCCUGCUCAUCGUUAUUACUGUGAAACAGCUGUCUGGAGUGUGAUAGAGAUCGCAAUCAUGUUUGAGAUGCAUGUUUUCAUUUUUUUUUUUUUUUUUUUUAAUUUCACCUGAGAAAGAACCUGUGUUUUCCAGCAAGAAGGGGAGUUAAACAGCGGCAUUGGACUCUUCCGUGCAUGUCUCACUGACCAACUUUACGAACACACACUGUUUUUAUCCUCUCUUUGUUGGAGAGCACCUUUUCUCACCUCGAUGACUGUGUGAGAAACUUUGAAGUCAAAAACUAUGAUUUAUUGACUUGAAUGAAUUUAUUUAUUGAUUGCUUAUUUAUGCAAUGUUGGGAACAAUGUUUAUUUUUCUACCAAACUUGUUAAAUUCCCUUCCGGUAUAAGUUAGAAUAUGUGUCGUGGUCGUAAAGCCGUCUGGUUUUGGUCCAAUUUUGAGGACCUUUCACCUUGGCCAGAGACAAAAGACUGAAAGUUUGAUAGCUUUGAAUUUAGAAUAAACUGUCAUUCUUUUAUUGUACUCCAAGAGUUUGUGACUCUGGUAGGUCUUAAAAAAAAAAAAUCAACAGGCCUCAAAUCCGAAACAGAAUGUCUUUACACGAUGGCGCAUAUUAAUUUAUUUAUUGAACGACUACUUGGUGGGGAGGAAUAAGCUUGUACAGAGUCUAUAAUUUCAUGUCGGUACCAGUCCUUCUGGGAGGGGUAUCUCCUUCUCGAUGAGUUCAAGAUGUAAUGUUGUGAUAAGACUAUAGAUUUAUAUUUGUUGAUGGAUAAAGCUUCUUCUAGCUGCCCGCUGGAAAGAGGUAUGUCAUUGGAAAAACGUGCCUACAAGGCACCAUUUCAGUUAAGGUUGUUUUGAAGCUUUUCUUUUUAUUUACUGAAGAUUCAGUGAAUGAAUAAACAAAUAACAUGAAGCCAAAUAUAUUUCUGUGGAUGUUAAGGUUUACUGUCUUUGUUAAUUAAUUCAUAGUUGAGAUCUUUUUGUUUCUUGUGAAGUUCUACUGCCAUCUUCUCAGAGUUUCAGAAACUUCCCUGCAGGCACGAUACUCAAAAUCUGCCCGCAGUUCUCUGCCUUUCUCCUUCUCUCCGUCUGUCUAUUCUGUGUACUUGUGUCCGUCUGUACGUUUGUCUGUGCACAGUAAAUUGUCCGCUGUUUUUUCUGGAAGAAUCACUGCCUGGAGAAAAAAAAAAGAGACAAAAAAAAAGGAGAAAAUGAACUUCUCACAUCAGUUGAAGCAAUCAAAUAUGUAAUAUCAAUAGAUUUUGGGAAAUGUGUGGCAAAAAAACAACAAAAAAAGUAACUGCUGUAUAAAAUGCUGUAUAAAAUCAGAUGACUGCUGUAAAAGUCUGCAUAAAAUUGGAUUUGUUUUAAAUGAGGCAGUGUGACUGAUAACACUUGCACCUAUGCAUGCUUGUUGGACGGUUGUCACAGGUCGACUUUUCCACGUGGUUUCCUCUCUUUCUCUCUCGCUCUUUCUCUCUGUCUCUCUCAGCUCUCUGUUUCUUUCUCUUUCUUUCCCAUCUUUUUCUGCACGCCAGAGACUCCUUCACUCUCUCCAGAUCCUUUACCUGUCUCCUCUUCUUUUCCUCUGGUGGAGAAAAAGCAAAUAAACAAAGCAACAAAUGGGCUUUCUUGUGCAUCUGUGUGGAUCUCUCUUCAAAUGUUGUAAUUAGUAAGAUUCUCAUCUGCUCUCCCGAUGUUCUCUCAAGCUUUAACAUGCAUAAUAUUUACAUUUUUCUCUUUUUUGUGUGUGUGUGUGGCAGCUGGUGGCUCUGGUCAGUUCAUUUGAGUUUCAUUCACAAAACAGCAGUUACAUUAAAGAACUGGCAACACUGUAAUCCAGGGCGUUGUGCUUUUCCGAAAACUAUCCCCUCUGGUCCCCAUCCUGGAUUUCAUGCCAGGAGAAUAUUAAUGACAUAUGUACUCAGACAUGCCUACUCCAGUGGGACUUACUGCUUAUUUGUUCAAGCUCACAGAGGAAUCAGCCUGCAACACACUGCUGACCUUCACGUCACUGAAGCGUUUAUAGGCUCAACUCUGUUGUCAAGCUCCAGCGACGGACCUG